GUUUAAUCAUCUUAGUAGUAAAAAAUAAUUAAUUUUGCAUUUAUAAAAAAGAGGGACUCGACAAUAUGUUUCUCUCUCUUUUUGUUUUCUUCUCUUCCGAGAAUUUUAAAUAUCGACUUUUGACCAGCUCCUCGAUACAGAUAAAUACGACAUAUUACGUUGUACGUAACGGAGUGAUUCAUCACCCCACUACCUGUUCGCUUUUAUGUUCAAAGUAGAAGUGCUGUAACCUUUGUAGAGGACGGUGGUGAAUUUUUAGGCAGUUUCGCUCGGCGAGAAAAAAGAAUGGCACCGACGUUCAGCAAAUUUAUGACCAGACGCAACGUGGCUGGUGUUUGUGCUUUAACUGCGUUUAUAUGGAUUUUAAAAAGAAGAAACCGGAAACAAGCCGCGAAAUACAGGAAGAGAAGCCUAAAAUACCGAAAGCUCAUGUAAAUGCUAGAUUCUUUAGACAAUUGUAUCAAUUAUUCAAAAUUGGUAUACCAUCGAUGGUGUCUUUUGAAAUGGGCUUUAUUGUGCUUAUCGCAGGCACACUUAUUCUAAGAUCUAUCUGUGACUUUCAGAUGAUAAAUAUGAUCACUGCAUUGGAUGCAGGCUUUACUUACUAUAAAAUGAGCAAUUUAGAUAGCCGUAUAGCAAAUCCAGAUCAACUUUUAACUACUGAUGUUGACAAGUUUUGUGAAAGCUUCAUAAACCUGUAUAACAAUAUUGCAAAACCUUUAUUGGACAUCGGCUUCUACAUGUACAAACUUACAAUUAAUCUUGGUCAAGAAACGCCAAUAAUAAUGCUGUCAUAUCUUGUUUUUGCUGGUAUUAUAAUAACUUAUUUACGCAAACCUAUUGGACAAAUGACAGUAAAAGAACAACGUCUGGAGGGUGAAUACCGUCAUAUUAAUUCAAGGUUAAUUACGAAUUCCGAGGAAAUAGCAUUUUAUCAAGGAAAUAACAGAGAAAAGUUAACUUUGUUAACCAGCUUCCAUAAACUUUAAGCUUACCUUUCUUCAUGGAGGACCAUGCGCUCUUGAAAACUUCUAAUCAUCGUUUUAAUAGUUAUUACACGUACGGUCGUAUGUUAAUAAAAUUGUCAGAAGCUAUUGGUAGAUUAGUUCUAGCCGGAAGAGAAAUGACAAGACUAGCAGGAUUGACUGCCAGGGUCACUGAAAUAAAGGACGUUCUUGGCGAUAUAAAUUCAGGGAAAUACGAACGAACGAUGGUUUGCGAUUUCAAAGACGAGUCAAUUGGAAGUCCGGGCAAAGGAAAGAUAGUGAACAAGGAUAAUAUCAUAAGAUUCGAACAUGUACCUCUAGUAACUCCUAAUGGGGAUAUCCUUAUCAAAGAACUAUCAUUCGAAGUUAAAUCAGGAAUAAAUGUAUUAGUUUGUGGUCCAAAUGGCUGUGGGAAAAGCUCUUUGUUCAGAAUACUGGGAGAAUUGUGGCCAAUUUGGAAUGGAACAGUUACCAAACCUCCGCGAGGAAAAUUAUUCUACAUUCCUCAACGUCCUUAUAUGACUCUGGGUACGUUGAGGGAUCAAGUGAUUUAUCCUCAUACAAAAACAGAGAUGAUGAGACGCGGGCAGAUGACGGAUGGCGAUUUAAGAAAAUUACUAGAUCUGGUUCAAUUGGGCCAUUUGUUAGAAAGGGAAAAUUUCACAAAUAGCGAGGGGCAAGCUUGGGAUGUUGUAGCUGACUGGAUGGAUGUUUUGUCCGGUGGCGAAAAACAGCGUAUAGCAAUGGCUCGUCUUUUCUAUCACAAGCCGCAAUUUGCAAUUUUGGAUGAAUGUACAAGCGCUGUUAGCGUCGACGUAGAGGACUCGAUGUACAUGUACUGUAGACAGGCAAAUAUCACGUUAUUCACAGUAUCGCAUCGACGAUCCCUUUGGAAACAUCACGAGUAUUAUUUGCAAAUGGAUGGAAGAGGAAACUACGAGUUCAAAGCUAUUGAACCGGAUACAAAAGAAUUUGGAUCGUGAAUUUUCAUGUCCCUUGCAUCCAAUACCUACCACUAUGCAAGGGACCGUCGUUUUAUGUUCGAUUAAUUUCGAAUAAUUAUAAAUAUAAAUGUGCAGUGUACAGCGCAUGUAUGUAUGUAUUAUAUGUAUUUCUAUGUUAAAAUCGUUUAGAUUCAUGAAUAUUUUAUUACUAUAUACUGUAUAUUUUUUAUAUACCGUAUUUUUAUAUAUUUGAAUAUUUUAUUACUAUAUACUGUAUAUUUUUAUAUUAAUGUCUUU